CCAGGCCGGCAGGGAGGAUGUGAGCUCACUCCCGCCUCCAUGUUCUUGGAGUCGCCUGAACGCGUACACCCGAGGUCGCGGGACGCUUGGGAAGUCAGCAGCGCGCCAGGCCCCUCCGGGCGCCACACGCAUUAGGUGCCUUCUUUAUGGGUAGGGAAUGAAGGCGGGCGGUGGCUGGACCGAGGCAGCUCCCAGUUCGUAGCCGCCGCGCCGCCCGUGCCCGCGCACGCCACACCCCAGCGCGCUUCCGGCCGGGCCACGUGAUCGCGCGCGCACGUGUUCCGGCCUCUCUGCGUCGCCGUUCCGAGCCUCCUCCUGGUCGCCCCGGCAUUGGUCCACCGGGAGCCGGCUUGGGCCGGGCCCGGGAGGCGGCGGCUAGGGGAGCCGCGGAGACGCGGGCACUGAGCGUCGCGGGGGAGUAGGCCCGGGCCGCCAAGCGGCGGCCUCCGCCAUGAACCCCAGGGGCCUGUUCCAGGACUUCAACCCCAGUAAGUUCCUCAUCUAUACCUGCCUGCUGCUCUUCUCGGUGCUGCUGCCCCUUCGCCUGGACGGCAUCAUCCAGUGGAGCUACUGGGCCGUCUUUGCCCCUAUAUGGUUGUGGAAGCUUCUAGUCGUCGCAGGCGCCUCGGUGGGCGCGGGCGUUUGGGCCCGCAACCCUCGCUACCGCACCGAGGGAGAGGCCUGCGUGGAGUUCAAAGCCAUGCUGAUCGCUGUGGGCAUCCACCUGCUGCUGCUCAUGUUCGAAGUCCUGGUCUGCGACAGGGUGGAGAGGGGCACGCACUUCUGGCUGCUGGUCUUCAUGCCUCUCUUCUUCGUGUCCCCCGUGUCCGUGGCUGCCUGCGUCUGGGGCUUUCGACACGAUAGAUCGCUGGAGCUGGAGAUCCUGUGCUCGGUCAACAUCCUGCAGUUCAUCUUCAUCGCCCUAAAGCUGGACAGGAUUAUUCACUGGCCAUGGCUGGUGGUGUUUGUGCCCCUGUGGAUCCUCAUGUCGUUCCUUUGCCUGGUCGUCCUGUAUUACAUCGUCUGGUCCCUCCUGUUCCUGCGGUCCCUGGAUGUGGUUGCCGAGCAACGAAGAACACAUGUGACCAUGGCCAUCAGCUGGAUAACGAUUGUGGUGCCCCUGCUCACUUUUGAGGUGCUGCUGGUUCACAGAUUGGAUGGCCACAAUACAUUCUCCUACAUCUCCAUAUUUGUCCCCCUUUGGCUUUCCUUACUAACUUUAAUGGCCACAACAUUCAGGCGAAAGGGGGGCAAUCAUUGGUGGUUUGGCAUUCGCAGAGACUUCUGUCAGUUUCUGCUUGAAAUUUUCCCAUUUUUAAGAGAAUAUGGGAACAUUUCAUAUGAUCUCCAUCACGAACAUAGUGAAGAUGCUGAAGAAACAUCAGUUCCAGAAGCUCCGAAAAUUGCUCCAAUAUUUGGAAAGAAGGCCAGAGUAGUUAUAACCCAGAGCCCUGGGAAAUACGUUCCCCCGCCUCCCAAGUUAAAUAUUGAUAUGCCAGAUUAAACUCCUAGAGAGGACCAAGGCACACACGGACUCCACCUUGCCUUUGCCUCUUGUUCAUUCAUCCCAAACCUGGAAAUGGAAACAGGCUUCAAACACUGUCGUCUCACGCCCUGUUUGAGAUCACCGCCUCAUCAGUAUGCAUCAUAGAUGGAGGUGGUUUUAGUAUGUGGGUGUGUGUGGUGUGUACCUGGGUAAGAGACUUGCUUUCCAGGUUUGAACUUUCAGGUGUAGUCAGGGGUAGUAAGCUGGAUUGUUUUAGUAGGUCCUCAAAAGGAAUAACUACACAGCUGUUUGUUUAAAGUGCUACUGUACCUAUCAAAAGUAUUGUUUAAAAAGUAUUUUUAUACACUGCUAAUCUAAAAUUGUAUUUCAGAUUGUGCCUGUUAUGACAUAGUAGCAAAUGUAAAGAGUUCUCUUUCCCACCACUUGUUUAUAAACCUCAUAGUUGAUGUUUUUAGUGUUCCUACUGUUAAAAUACCUUCUCCUUGGGCUUCGCUGACAUUGGUCCUUAAUAUUCUGAUAGGUGAAUUUUUCUAAUGGAAUGAACCCAUGCAUAUAUAGUAUUUAUAUGAAUAUUUUAGCAGUGUAAUAUGUUGAAUUCUAGUUCUCUGCAGUACAAUGUAUUAUGUUAAAGUAUUUUUUAAAGCUUA